AAACAGUACUACGCUUGUUCCUGACACUUCCCAGCGAACGCGGCGUGGCACCUGAGUGAAUUUAAGGUCAACUUUUCCAACUUCUCUGCAGUUUUCUCACAAGUCGAUCCCGGUUAUGGCAGCAUGAACGCAGGCACGGGCAGAGGAGUGAGACCUGGGACAAGGCCGUGAGGAGACAUGAAGGGUAGAUCUGAAAAGGAUCUCUUUUGGAGGACAAAAACUCCACCGCUAACUAUUCUGGAUUUCAAUUUAGUAAUUCUAUGCUAACGCUAUGACCACCUCACUGAACGUGGAUACCAUUUUGUUCAGCAAACAUGUUUUGACUGAUAAUGCAGACCCGGACACAUAAACCAAUUAUGUUUAAACGUUGGUUGUUGGCUUUGGUGGCCCGGGUCGGCCUCGGUGUUUUGGCCUUCGGAUGCUGUCUCGCUCUGGCGUAUUUUCUGGCGUGUAAACCUGCCAGCACUCGCCACUCCUCCUUGUGGUCGGGCGGGAAUACUGCAUCCAAAGAGCGCUACCUGGCUCUUCUCCAGGAGAGGGAGGAUUCUCACAGACAUUAUGUGAACAGCCUGAACAAGCAGAUCUCUGAACUGAAGGGGGCGCUAGAGGAAAGGACACAGCAGCUAAAGGAGUCUUUAGAGAAGGCUAAAGCCAAAGGGAUUCUACCGCUGGGGUUGGAGAGUUUGAAGAAACGGCCUGUGCAGAUUGACCUGAAGGAGUUUUUCCGCUCUCAGCUGAACCAAGCUGAGGUCAUCAGUGGGGUCAAAGUGUCCAGUGAACACACAGUCAUCCCCUACGACGCCUUCACACUGCAGAGGGUGUACCAACUGGAGACCGGGCUCACCAAGCACCCAGAGGAGCGUCCUGUAAGGAGAGACAGACGGGAUGAGCUGAACGGAGCCGUGGAGUCUGCUCUGCAUGUGCUCAAUGGACCUCAGCUGCACAUGGACCCUAAGAGGAAGAAGACCACCUUCUCUCCAGCAGACUUUAUACAGGGCCUGACCCGCACAGAGAGGGACCGGGGCACAGUCUAUGACCUCAUCUUUAAAGGGGACACGCCGCAGGAGUUCACAGAGCUGGUUCUGUUCAGGCCGUUUGGUCCCGUCCUCAAAGUCCGCAGUGACCGAGUGGACACGAGCCGCAUCCUCGUCAACAUCGUCGUCCCUCUGUCCAAGAGGCUGGACACCUUCAAACAGUUUAUGAGCAACUUCAGGCGGGUUUGUAUUCAGCAGGACGGCCGUGUCCAUCUCACUGUGGUCUACUUCGGACGGGACCAGAUCCAUCAGAUUAAAGCCAUCAUCGACCAGACCACCAGGGAGACUCACUUCAGGAGUUUCACACUGAUACUUUUGAAUGAGGAGUUUUCUCGUGGGCGGGGCUUGGAGGUGGGUGCCCGGGCGUGGAGGCGGAGUCAGAAUGUCCUGCUCUUCUUCUGUGACGUGGACAUUCACUUCACCGCAGACUUCCUCACGUCCUGUCGCCUUAACACAGAACCAGGUAAAAAAGUCUACUACCCCGUUCUCUUCAGCCAGUACAACCCAGCCAUGAUCUACAGCAACCAGACCCAGCCCCCUCCACUCUAUCAGCAGCUGGUUAUAGAGAAAGAGUCUGGCUUCUGGAGAGACUUUGGGUUUGGGAUGACGUGCCAGUACAGGUCGGACUUCCUCAACAUAGGAGGGUUUGACCGCAGGAUCAAGGGCUGGGGGCUGGAGGACGUGCACUUGUAUAGAAAGUACCUGCACAGUAAACUCAUGGUGAUCAGAGCGCCCUCCCGUGGCCUCUUCCACCUAUGGCACGAGAAGACGUGUGCGGACGAGCUACCCCAGGACAAAUACAAGAUGUGUAUGCAGACCAAAGCCAUGAGCGAGGCGUCUCAUGGCCAGCUGGGGGCGCUCUUAUUCAGACAACAGAUCGAGGCCCAUUCAAAGCAGUCCCGGGUGCGCACCAAACUGACUGAGGGCGCGUUAGAGUUUCAAAGAGGCGCAAAAGCAAUACAAAUGAGGACGGAAUGAGCAGCAGGAGUGAGAUACUGUGAAAUAAAACGAACUGCAAUGUUGAAUGUAGUUAACUUGUUAUUCAAUUAUAUUAUAUUUUAUGACAAUUAAAUGGUAUAGUG